UGCUUUAAGAUUGAGGACAGCGGUCGCCAGAGAUAUUGCGGGACAAAACUCGAUUAGUCAAGCCAGGGCGAUGCAGCAGCUGAUCUAGUCAAUAAUAGGCUGGAUGUACAUUAAGGAGUGCUAAAAUUUUAUCAUUUUUGAAACUAAAUACUGCAAAGUUAACCCUUCAUAUUUAAUUGAGACAUAUAAUACAAAUAAAUAUGAGCAAAGAGUAAUUUCGAAAGUAAUAUUAAAAUUUUUUUAAAGUUCCAUGUUGGGUUAAAUCACAUAAACGCUUAGCUCCUUUUCUAAACCCCACUAGGACAAAAACAAAAAACAAGUCAGCCGAGUCUGGAAUGAGUUUGCGCCUAGGCAUUCCCGAACAGCCCAAAAUCGAUGCUGACUGACACCAAAAGUUGAGCGCCAGAAAUCGCUUCAUAUCAAUGCAUCUCUAAUUCUGGAGCAAAACAUAGCGACGAUGGCGAGCGACAAAGCGAACGCGGCCAGCGCGAACCAGAGCACCGACACCCUCGAGUCGUUGUCGAAGGAGGCGGCCUCGCUCAAAGCCAAACUCGAGGAGGAGCGACAGAAGUUGAAUGAUGUUGCUUUGGCGACAGUUGCUGAGCGGAUCGAGAACAUGACCGGUGUCAACAUAAAACCUAGGCGACUUCUGAAGGGCCAUCAAGCUAAGGUUCUUUGUUUAGAUUGGUCGCAGGACAAGAGGCAUAUCGUUUCGUCUUCUCAGGAUGGGAAAAUGAUUAUUUGGGAUGCGUUUACCACUAACAAAGAGCAUGCAGUGACAAUGCCCACAACUUGGGUGAUGGCCUGUGCUUACGCUCCCUCUGGAAACCUGGUAGCUUGCGGCGGUCUCGACAAUAAAAUAACAGUUUACCCAUUGAGCAUGGAGGAAGACGUUUUAGCCAAAAAGAAAACUGUUGGAACACACACAAGCUACAUGUCGUGUUGCCUUUUUCCCAAUUCUGACCAACAGAUUUUGACCGGAAGUGGUGACUCGACUUGCGCCCUGUGGGACGUAGAGUCUGGUCAACAGCUGCAGAGCUUCCAAAGUCAUCAAGGAGACAUUAUGGCUAUUGACUUGGCCCCUUCAGAAACUGGGAACACUUUCGUAUCAGGGAGUUGUGACCGUCUUGCUCUGGUUUGGGACAUGCGGACUGGACAGUGCGUCCAAGCUUUUGAAGGUCAUGAGUCAGACGUUAAUAGCGUAAAAUUCCACCCUGGCGGAGAUGCAAUUGCUACAGGCUCUGAUGACGCAACAUGCCGCCUAUUUGAUCUACGAGCUGAUAGAGAAGUCGCAGUUUACAACAAGGAAAGCAUAAUAUUUGGAGUCAAUGCUGUUGACUUCUCUGUCAGUGGUCGACUGCUUUUUGCUGGUUAUAACGAUUACACUGUCAACAUAUGGGACACCCUGAAGACGGUCAGGGUGGCCAUGCUGUAUGGGCACGAGAACAGGGUGUCUUGUUUGAAAGUCUCUCCAGAUGGAUGUGCUUUUGCUACUGGAAGCUGGGACUGCAAUUUAAGGGUAUGGGCAUAAAAUUGAUCUCCAAGCUGUGCUUGAAGGCAUUUACUUCGUUGCAAGUAACAAUAUAUUACGUAGAAGUUUCCCCAUCCCUACUGAUCAAGCUUUGAUCAAAUCUGUCGUCUCUAAUAUUUUAACAUUCAAAUUAUGUACACACUCAUCAUUUGAUGUUCUGUCUAUCAGCCAAAAUUAGUAACCAUCAAAUGCAUUUUAUCAAAUGUAAGAAAAACCAAAGAUAUUAAAAUACUGCACAAAGUUAGUGGUUUAGUGAAGCAUUUUGUGCCAUACUGUUAGUAACUUUGAGAAGAUUUAUGAAUUAUUGAUUGUCUUGAUGAAAAACAUCUCAGCACAAAUUUGCAUGCAUUUAAUACUUUGAAGAAACGCAAUGAGUCUCACAAAUACUGAAUUAAUUUUACUUACUUAUUCUAACUCUUAUCAACAAAGGUGGCGCAAUAUUAUAUAUAAAACAUUGAUUUUAAAAAAGAUGCCAAAGAGUAGGUUGUUUUAUAAUAGCUCUAACAAAAAUACAUACUGAUAUAACGAGUGUCUAAUUAUGAAUUAUGUAAGUUUAAAGUGAGUGAAUUUUUAGUUAUCUUGAAGUUCUACUCCCAAACGCACAUUUAAGCUUAAUUUUAUUGUUUAAAUUAUCAAUAAAAUUACACAGCCAUAUUUACCAUCACAGAUUGUCAUCAGUAUUCUACCAAUUAUAUGUUUGUGAUAUUUUAUUUAAAAGCAAAAUAAAUCUGCUACUGAUCAACCAA